AUGUCUUCUAUUGCUGCAACUGCUGAUUUCGCUUUAAUUGGUUUGGCUGUUAUGGGUCAAAAUUUGAUCCUUAACGCUGCUGACCAUGGUUUUACUGUUGUCGCUUACAACAGAACCGUAUCCAAAGUUGACCAUUUCUUGCAAAAUGAAGCCAAGGGUAAAUCCAUCAUCGGUGCUCAUUCAAUUCCUGAAUUAAUUGCUCAUUUGAAAAAACCAAGAAGAAUCAUGUUAUUGGUCAAAGCUGGCUUCGCUGUCGACGCAUUCAUUAACCAAGUAUUACCUUAUUUAGACCAAGGUGACAUCAUUAUCGAUGGUGGUAACUCUCAUUUCCCCGAUUCCAAUAGAAGAUACGCUGAAUUAAAAGAAAAGGGCAUUUUAUUUGUUGGUUCUGGUGUCUCUGGUGGUGAAGAAGGUGCAAGAUAUGGUCCUUCUUUGAUGCCUGGUGGUCAUGAAGAUGCCUGGCCACAUCUUAAAAACAUUUUCCAAUCAAUUGCCGCCAAAUCUGAUGGUGAACCUUGUUGUGAUUGGGUAGGCCCUGCUGGCGCUGGUCAUUACGUCAAAAUGGUACACAAUGGUAUCGAAUACGGCGAUAUGCAAUUGAUCUGUGAAGCUUACGAUAUCAUGAAAAGAGUCGCCAAAUUCACUGAUAAAGAAAUCGGUAACGUCUUUGCCAAAUGGAAUACUGGUGUUUUAGACUCAUUCUUGAUCGAAAUCACAAGAGACAUCUUAUUAUAUGAUGACGUGGAUGGCACUCCAUUAGUCGAAAAGAUCAUGGAUACUGCUGGUCAAAAGGGUACCGGAAAAUGGACUGCUAUUAACGCUCUAGAUCUAGGUAUGCCUGUCACUUUGAUCGGUGAAGCUGUCUUUUCAAGAUGUUUAUCUGCUAUCAAAACAGAAAGAGUUAAAGCUUCAACUCUUUUAACUGGCCCACCAAUCCCAGACGGCAUUGUAACUCCAGAAAAUAAAGACCAAUUUGUUGAUGAUUUAGAACAAGCCUUAUAUGCUUCCAAAAUCAUCUCCUACACUCAGGGUUUCAUGUUGAUUAGAGAAGCCGCUAAGGAAUACGGCUGGAAAUUGAACAAUCCUGCCAUUGCCUUGAUGUGGAGAGGCGGUUGUAUCAUCAGAUCUGUCUUUUUGGCUGAAAUUACAAAAGCUUUUAGAGAAACCCCAGAUUUGGAAAACUUGCUUUUCAAUCAAUUUUUCAAAUCUGCUAUUGAAAAAGCCCAAGCUGGCUGGAGAAAGACCUUGGUCUUAGGUAUUCAAUACGGUAUUCCAACUCCUGCUUUCUCAACUGCUUUGGCAUUUUACGAUGGUUACAGAUCUGCUCGUUUGCCAGCUAAUUUAUUACAGGCUCAAAGAGAUUACUUUGGUGCUCAUACUUUCAAGGUCUUAUCAGAAGCUGCAUCUGAUAACUUGCCAUUAGGUGAAGAUAUUCACAUCAACUGGACCGGUCGUGGUGGUAAUAUUUCUGCUUCCACUUAUAUUGCUUAGUUUGUUUCUUUUUAAAAAAACAACAGCAAUUGAAAUAAAUUAUACAGCAGAAAAAAAAUAUGAGUUGUAUUCAUAUUUCAAUUAAUUUAAUCUGAGUUAUUUUAUUUAUUUUUUUUAUAUAUGAGAUAUGAUAUAAUAUAUGGCAUGAUAUAUGGUAUAAGAA